AUGGAGCGUUUGAGUCAAAUGGAUCACUCUAAUGACUUCGCAUCUGAGGCCUUCUUUGACCAGAAUUCUUUGGACCAGAUUCAGCAGAUCGACCCUACAACAGAUCUUGGGUCCGUUGCAAAUGUUGCCCUGCCACCAAAUCUUGCUGUUGCCGAGCAAUUGAAUCGUCGAUGGUCUUCCGGUUGCCUUGAACGAAUAGCCUGGUCGAGGCACGGAAACCUCGCCAGCAUAUCGGAUGAUGCUUCCACCGUCAACCUCGAAUGCCUCCGGUACAGCCAUGAUGCCAAGGCAUGGCAACUAAACGAGAGACACACGCUGGCCACCAUUUUCGAGGAUGCUGUGAGUCUAGCCUGGAGUUCAACUGGAGGGGAGCUGGCCGUUGUCGACAUCAAAGGAAGAAUCUGGGUCUACCACAUCUCCGGUGUCGCUAUCAAUCGCUUAGUUCUGAAUCGUCGGGGGGAUCUCGACGAAGAACGUGAAACGUCACAACCCAUUGGUAUGACAUGGUUGAAUCAGGAUCGGCAAGAAAGACCCAGGAAUUUCGUAGCGCUUGCCACAAAGGUUGACUCUCGAUGGAUUCAUACCAACGCCAGGACAAGACCACCCGGGCCCUAUUGGCACCGAGCCAUCGUCGUCGUCCAUCGCAAUGGUCUUCUGACUCUGUGCUUUCAGAGAGGCGAUGGCCAAUAUUCUAAAGUCACCAAGCAUCUAUCACCAUCCGACAACACCCUCUACAGUCAUGCAAGCUUUGCCCCCACAUUGGAAGGCAAGAUGCUGGUUGCUCUACACUCGUUCAAAAACUUCAUCUCGGUAUGUCUCAUUUCAAUCGACUGGACCGAAGUCAGACAGGCUGUUGAGGGACUGCCCAUCAUGACUGUCGAGUACGUUUCCAGUAAGGUGUCAUCGCGACCCUCUGGUUCUUCCACACUCGGGGAUGUAUAUGAUCCAGAUUCAUGGCGUCUCACCCAUCUGGAAGUUGCGCAAAGUCCAGACGUGGAAAGGGCAGUCCAAACACCACCAACAAUCCUGUCGGUUUCUUCGGGCAUCAACAGAGAAGUCAGCAUAACGGACCACGGUUUCCUGGUCUCCAGCAUGAUCAAAAGAUGGGCAGUGAUCUCAGUCGAACGAAAGUUGCAUCCCCGUUUCGACGAAUUGCCGUCCAAAGGCUCCAGUAAGAUUGGAUCGCCUUCAGUGUACACACUUCAACCUCGACCAGAGAAAGAGGAACAGGUUAUCACCACAGUCCAUCACCUAGAAGGAUCUCUAGCACUCGUGGUGACUACACAGGAAGGUCGAACAGACUUUUUGAACUCAGAGGAUCUGUCCCCUGUGUCCUACGCUGCUUCAGUAACGGAGACAUCGUCCAUGUCUCAAUCAGGCUUCGUAUUCCCGUUUGUACCGAAUGUUACCUGCCCGACUUUCUCGCCCAGUGCUUGCGUGAGGGCAGACCUCACCCCGGAUGGGAAGACCCAACUGGUCACGAUGGAACACCCACUAGGGCAGGGCCAAGCACAACAACCAUUAGACCCCAACAUCGACGUGGCCAUUGCUGCUCUGAACCUUACAUUUGCUCGAGCAUGCUGGACAAAUGCAACUUUCGAUGACGUGCUGAUGUGUGCUUCGCACAGUAUCCCAACUGCAAUCACGCCGGCAAUUGUUUCAGGCUUAUAUCGAUCGCUCUUUCGCGACAACGAGUUUGUGAAUGAGAAGAUGCAGGGUUCGGAGCUUGAACGGAUGUUUCACAAGCCAUACAUGGGGCGAGUCAUGGCUUACCAUGCUUGCCUCACUGCCAAUUGUGGACAGCUUCCUUCCAUUGCUCCUACAGAAGGAAGAAUUGGCUGGUCUUUAAGUGCCCAGUGGGCAUGGAUCGCGAACAAUAUCCGCCACACAGCGACCGUACUCUUUAUGAACCUGCGAGAUGUACAGAAUACCAACCUCGUCAUGACACAAGACUUCACCGACAUGUUGUGCUCAAACCUUCGAUGGGGAUUGUCUGUCAUCCGGUUCAUCAUCAGCACAAUUCUAGAAGUGGGUGACAGAGAGACAAACCCAGAAAUGUUCGACGACAAAGACCCUGGGCGACUAGGAGACAUCAACGGAGAUGGCAGCCAGGGACUGGUUGCCCUUUUACUGAACAUACAUUGCUCUCGCCAGUUUCUCGUUGCUUUUGUCCGGGCAGUCAGGGCUUACGCUAAGAACACAGAGCCUAAAUCGCAACAUCAUGUCCAAGUACUGCAGUGUAUCCAGCAGCAAACCACCAACAAAGGAAUCAGCUUUCAGGCUAUCGAAGCACUACUCGAGUACCGGUGGUCCGUGCAUGGCGACAUUGAAGGCGACAUUCCUGGAACGGCAACCAGACAGCUUGACAUGAUGGCUACAGGAAUCGUCCACGAAGCGUAUCAAGGGACAAUCAAGCUUCUCUUGAAUAAGCUGGUCAAUAGUCCAGUCGGGCUACGAGCGAAGAUGCUGAUCGAUCGGCUAAAACUUUUUACUGAGCUGGUGGACAUUGAGUAUGUGUUUUUGAAUCACGAUAUACUAGGUCGUCGAGAUGGUGAGCCCAAGCAAACACAGAUUGUGUACGAUAUACAUCGCAAGAAGCCGAUAUCCAAGAGCGCGCUGGAUCCAAACGGUACAGGUGUGCUGAUGGUUCGGAGGUGCAUAAGGUGUGGCAGCUUCAGCGAGGAUAUCAAUGCCUCGCCACGAGAUUGGCCUAGACAAGUCGCUAGCCUCCUGACCAAAUGUGUCUGUGACGGGCAUUGGGCUCUCGAGCCCUGGGAUCGGAACAGCAAUUAA